GCGAACUCGCCUGCCCGGAAAGGGAGAUUUAGGUACAUACCUGCACUAGCAACACCGCUGGAUUCAAGCUUCUUGGAUGCAGCCGCGACGAGCUCGUCAAGCGACGCGAAAGACAUGUCGGAUCGGCCAUCAUCAGAAUCGUCAUCGGACUCGCUAUCAGGGAUCAGGAUCGCAUUGUUCUGCGACUUCCCUGCACCACCAUGUCGAGAAUUAUGCGCACCCUGUUGUGGCGGCGGCGGAAGGAAAGGAGCAGGGUCCCCCUUCCGAACGAGAAGCCCGCAAUUCGCGGGGUCGGGGCCUGCCGCCACAGGGGGGUUGUAAAAGACCUGGUUGUCGAGGCAGACUGUUGCCAUCUCGCUACUAGUGAUAAUGCGCGCUGGUGAAUUGCAGAAGAUGUCAAAGGUUUGGGAAAGAAUGGUCCCGGAAGUGUUUGGUGUACAAGCUGUUUACCUUCAUAUUCCUGUGGUAUCGAGGAACGUGCGAAAUAUAUCUGUGUGCCGAGGAAGGGCGGACCCGAUCGCUGAGUUGGCAAGGAGCCGGGCCUCGCGCUCUCCGUCGUCACCAGCUUCCCAACCCCUGUUCGCAAUGAGGAACGUGCUCGGCCGUGAAACGUCUCGUUCCAUGCGGUUCCCCAGUAUGGUGCGGAGAGGAACGGGAUAUCGAUUCACCAGUCCCUCGCAACUCUGCCAAUCAUGCAAUUGCCGAGAAAGGAAGGAGAGGGCCCAGGAAAAGGGAAGCGUCGCAGGACAUCGUAUCGCCACGAAUCAUGGCCUUUGCCCUGAGGCCCCGUGGUCCAUGACGUUGCUAGGGGUUGCCGAGAGCGGCUCAGCCGAAGCGGGGGUUGGCGCAUCGUCUCCUGUAACGCCUUCCUGCGUCCGUCUGCAUGCGCCUCCUUCAUGUCGUCCGGUUUCUGGUACUGCCCAUGGCAAGGCAGAAUCUCCCCAAGCAGUCUCACACGCGCCAUUGAACCCGAUCUGCCUCGCCAUCGGUGAAGCGAAGGCAGCGGCGCCAGCAAGGCCACAUCAUCGUUUCGACGGCCGCAUCGGCCUCCUUGACUCGGCCUUGCCAUCUCUGUUCGCUGCGGCCGGCGUGUGGCCCAGAAAUGUUACCUGCAUCCCCCGCCAUAGCUGCGCUGGCAUUCGGUCCGAUUGUUCUGCGAUCCGCACGCCGAGACGCUCUGCAUCCAAGCGAGAGGAGGCCCCCUGGUGUCUCCGCAUGUGUUGAAAUCGAUACCUGCGGCAGUUUUCUGACUGGCCAGGACAUGCCGGUCUUGUAAAUUGCACGCGGGAACGAGGGGGCGGAGGACCUGCCACGCAGGCAUGGAUUCUGAUCCUACGGACGAAAUGAGGCACCCUGGAAAGCAGAGUGGAUGGGGAAUGGAUGAAACGAGACGUCGCUGACGGGGAGAAACAAAGCAAGUGUUGGGUGGCUCCAAAGGGAGAGGAAGCUCGAUGUCGAGACCAGAGUUGAGCCGAACGACCCUCCUGUAUCUCUCCGGAACUCGUCCCCAUUGGACCGCGUUAAGGGCUCGUUGUCGGCUCGGCCUUUCUAUCCCCGUCCGCCGCAGGCUGAAUCACGGCGUGUGACCCAGAAACAGAUCACAGUCAAUUAGAACG